CUGCUGUCCAGAGUGCAGAUCUCUGGACAGCUGUCGCCAUGUUGAAUGAAGUACUUUUCCAUCAGGCUCUUCUCCAGGUGUCAGAGACACAUGAAGACAACACAGUGAAGUAGAUUUUAAAGGUGACCGCCUUGUACCGAAGCUGCUGGAGUUUCUACUCUGAUCAAAUGGACCAUGCACUGCGGCCGCACGACGAUGGAUGUGUCUGAGCUGCUGUGUUUGAUGACACUUUCCGCGCUGACCGUCGUCGUGACUUCAGCUUCAGGAGCUUAUCAAGACGUGUCACUGACAUUUCUGCUACCUGCCGGACGCACCGAGUGUUUCUACCAAACUACCACAAAAAGUGAUGGCAUGGACAUUGAAUACCAGGUUAUAGCUGGAUACGGUCUGGAUGUCGGCUUUACACUCAUCUCACCCAGCGGACACCGACUGUACUCUGACUUCAGGAGUUCUGACGGCGUCCACGUCGUGGCCUUCACUGAGGACGGAGACUACAAGCUGUGUUUUGACAACAGUUACAGCAAAGUGUCAGAGAAGAUCAUCUACUUUGAGCUGGUCAUUAGAUCCAACAGUCCCAGCAGUAGAGCUGGUGGUCUGGACGGUGUGGCCACGAUGACUGACUCUGUGAUGGAGUACAAACUUGAGGACAUCAGGAUGAAAAUGGACUCAGUGAACCAGCACUUGGAGAAAAGCCGUCAGAUCCUUGGUGUGCUGAGGGCUUUCGAGGCCAGGGACCGCUACCUGUUGGAGAACAACCUGUGGAGAGUGUCCUUCUGGUCCUGUGUCAACCUGUUGGUCAUGCUGACAGUCGCUGCUGCACAGAUCUACACCCUGCGUCGCCUUUUUGAAAACAACACCGGCACACGCACCUAGUGAUACUGGCAGCAGCGCUGAGAGCCCUGUGUUGGACUCUGAGGAUGGCACACUUCAGAGAUUGAUCUUAACAUCUCAGCAGAUGUGCAGCUGUGUGUUCAAUUUCAAAGGACAGUUCACAUGUUUUUGAAUACUCGCUUUUUUAGUAGUGACAUAUUUUUACGUAUGUGUUGAAAUUAAUACUCCUGAGUAUGAGUAUGCAAGCAAUAGUCCAAGUAAGGAGUCCUGAGUAGGAAUAUGUAUAUAAAGUACUCCUAGUCAACAGUUCUGAGUACUGAGGUUUAAUAGAAAUAAUGCUGUUUUCAGUUCAUUUCCCAGCUGCUCUGAACAACAACCAGAACCAGGUUCUUAAUUCAUCGCGGCUGUUUACACAGUGGAAUUAAGAUGCUCGAUUGAUUACUUUGACUGAAAAUAAAUUAGUUAGUUUAGUCACUAACAACUGUGCUGCAACACAAUACUUUUCCUUUACUAGAAGUACGUGAUAAGCAAACCCGUGACCAUGUGUUGUGUGGGAGUCGUGAGAAAUAAUGAAAUCAUAUGAUGUGACGAUACAGUGGGAAAUGAGUCAGUCCACCAAUGAGAUCUGGUGCCUGAGUGACUGGUCUGAUUUAUGUAUGGUUGCCAGGGGAGAUUUCAUCUUGCAACACACACACAUACACACACAUCCUAAUACACACACUAAAAGAACUGCUUUUAUUGGUCAUCGGCAAAGCUUAAAAGCCUGAUCUUCUUCUACUAAAUUAAACAGUACACAUUACCAGCAUCUAUUAAAUUAACAUCACCUUAAACACAAAUGUCAUUAAUUUUAAUCUACAGGUCACUAAGCCUAAAUCUCCCUGAACAGGUUAUUCACAUACAAAGGCACAGUACAGUCAGUUAACGGCAGUUUGUCUUUGCAUUAAGUCAUACACGCAGACAGACUGUGAUCGGAAUGUGUACACACCGAGCAAGACAGUCUAGUGUUGGUUCAUCUCAUUGGUCGUUUUCCCAGCUUCCUGUUACGUCAUCGUUUGUUUGCAGCAGUAACACUCCACCAAUUUAAAGUCGUUGUGUUCGUAAAACAUUGUAUAAUGAACAGAUAAUUUGUUCAUUUAAAAACAAAUCGUUUUUUUUUUAUUUACAAUCUCAUGUUAAAGUCUGUAGCAGUAACAGCAAAUAUCUCACAGUGCUGGCCAGGUGGAUACUGCUGGUUUCUAAAAAGAGUUAAAACUGGGAGACAGAUGUAACUCAGUGCAGAGUUUAACAUCACAAUUGGUUGUUUAUGUUUGUCAUGGCUGGAAUAAGAAUAAAAAUAGAAUGUGUAGCUCA